AUGGUCCGCCGCAGCGCUUGCUGGCUCCGCUCUCCCCGCCAGUCACGUCGUCGCUUGCUGCGCUUGGGUCUGCCCGGCGUGCUGCCUUCCAUCGCCAACCCUCGCCACGAUGCUGUCUUGCGUAGCUAUUUGAAGAAUGUCGGUGGCGCUCACUCUGCGGCAAUAUAUAAUCACAAUAUUUAUCUUUUCUGGACUCCAGCACCCCAACGGUUGUCUGAACAGCUUUGGCUAAAGAGUUCCCUCAACUCAACCGCUCGACUCUUUCUCCCCGCCAACCCAUAUCUAUCUUAUCUACUCCGUAUUUACUUCAAGUUGUCAAUAACCAUGUUGACACAAUCCGCAUCAUCGACAGACUCCUUCUCCUCCGCAGAUUCCCCCACCUCACACACUGUAACCUGCGCCUCCCGUGCCUCCCCCUCCCCUUCAGCACGAAAAAAGGGCCUCUCCCUCGACCUCUCUAACCUCCCUCCCCCCAUCCAACCCUCCCCGCCCUCAAACACCCUCCUAAUAACCGAACUCUACGACCUGUCGCUCUUCCAACCCUCCUCCCUCGACGCCAUCAAAGCCCAAAUAUCCCGCAUAACGCCUCUAAACUCCUUCUCCCCGCUUCCCUCCCUCCGUCGCAUCGUCUGCUCCUUCACGUCCAUCCCCGCCGCCAUAAGAAUCCGCCAGCUCCUCGACGGCGAGGCCAUUCUAGGCAAAAAUGUCCGCGCCAGAGUUUACUUUGGCGAGAACACCCCCGUCGAAGAUGCCGAGGAGCGCCGUAAACGCAACCUCCUCGAAGCACCCAAGUCACAGAAGCUGUUCUUCAUCAGUCCCCCGCCCAGUCCCCCGCACGGCUGGAUGAUGCGAAAUGAAGGCCCGCCCAAUAAAGAAGUGCACGCCACCGACCUAGCCGAAGCGUUGGGCAGACUCGGGACGAUAACAACAGAUGCCACAGGUUCAGACGGUUUCGACAGUGCAGCUGCAGCAGCAGCGGGAGGCAUUGAUGGUAUGGCGGGACAAGACCCGGACACUCCCAUUUCCAUCUCGUCGGAUGUUUACAUGCACGGAAACGAUCAUGAAGGAUCCAGCGCGGCGGCUAGGCGCGCAUCAUAUCCCCGGGCACCAGGCCUGAGUGGAGAGCGCAGCGGGAGCAGUACGCUCAUCUACUACCCGGAGCACCAUGGCAGCAGCCCUCAUUUGCCUGCAGUUAUGGUCGAGGAUACGACGGUUGGCGGCGACGUUUCUGAUAUGGAGAUGGAGAUGGAUAAUGAUAGUCUCGGAUCGGGGAAACGCAUUAUAGCGCACACGGCUCGACCGCCCGUUGAGCUUAUGGAAUGA